AUGGUUCUUGGUUUCUACUCUGGCCGGUGCAACCUCUUGAUACUUCGAUCACAAAAGCGGAAGCUCCUCUGGGAAGCGUUCUGGCGUCGUCAUAUCUAUCUGCUUCGGACAACAGGCCGAAUGGUGGAAACUCAGGAUUUACAUCCAACUUCAGAUACUCGCCGAUCACCGGUUCCUUACCUCCUUAAGACAACGGCUUUUGUGACGAGUGCUCUUACGGUAGCUGGCGGUUCAUGUGACUUGACAGCGAUCUACAACUGCUCUGCCUUUUUCGCCUAUGCAUUCUCGAUUCCGCUUCUUAAAGAAAAGCUGCGGUUAGAUAAGGUCUUUUCAGUGGGCGUGGCGAUAGUAGGGGUUCUAAUUGUUGCAUAUGGAGGUAAAGACGACGGGAAGGGUAUAGACGACGGAGUAAAGCAUGAAGGAGGGUCUCGAUUCUUGGGGAACGUCAUCAUCGGUAUCGGCAGUGUGUUAUAUGGCUUAUACGAGGUGCUGUACAAGAGAUUCGCCUGCCCCCCGGAGGGAACAAGUACGGGCCGAAGCAUGAUCUUCGCCAACACGUUUGGGAGUCUCAUUGGAUCCUUUACCCUUCUUGUCCUCUGGAUUCCAUUGCCUGUCUUCCAUAUUCUUGGCAUUGAAACGUUUCGCUGGCCGACUGGCGAGGCCGCAUGGAUGCUUCUGAUAUCUGUCAUUGCCAAUGCUACCUUCUCCGGGUCCUUCUUAGUUCUCAUCUCUCUCACAUCGCCUGUUCUCUCAUCCGUGGCUUCUCUCCUCACCAUCUUCCUUGUCGCCAUCGUUGACUGGUUUCGAACUGGCCAACCCCUGCCCAUGGCGUCCAUUCUCGGCGGUAUUUUGAUCAUGAUAGCUUUCUUCCUCCUGAGCUGGAGUACAUACCGAGAGAUGAAUGAGGAACGCAAGCAUAAGAUUCAACAGGACGACGUUGUUUCGGAAAGCGAUGAAUAG